CUUAGAUUUUAACCGUUCAAGUAGGUAGGUAGGUAGACAAAAACAAACCCACCUACCUCCCUACCGGUAUCUGCCCUACCGUAGCCACCAGACCUACGUGGAAGCAACCAUCACCAGCAGAACACGCCAGCACAACCCCUAUCAGAUCCCUAUCAUAAUCACCGCGGCUGCCUGUGGUCGCACGUGCAUGUGCCCGGAUAGGUACUUCAGAGUACUUCUACAUAGGGACCACCCACCCCUCAGCGUUACAUCAUCCCACAUCCACUUCUUACCAACAUACUUGCCUAAGUACUCACCCCAUACACCGAGGAUACUUGAACUCGCCAAGUACGAAAGAGAAGAAAUUAUUAACGCCAACACGAACGACAGCUACAACAGUAAUAGCAGCAGCAACAACGUGUCGUCUGUUGGCACCCAGAUCGGCAAACAGCCAUCAUGUUUGUCCUCAAGAAUGUUGGUAAACUACUCUUUGGUAGUAACAGCCAGGAAUCCAUGAUCGAGCUACCUCAGGGCCAACUAUACCUUGUUCGACCGCUCUCCCCCAAAGGAUACUCCGAGCUCAUAUUCAAGGAUGCCGCUAUCCGCAUCCGCCGAACCGGCCAGGACUUUCAAUACCAGCUUGUUGUCCAGCGCGUGUACGAGGAGGGCGAGGCUGAACUGCUGGCCGAGGAAGAAGGUGAGGACGCUGAGAUUGAUGCCCUUACUGCCGAACGAGAUGAAAAGACAUUCCUUCUUGACGAGGCCAUCCGUUUCCGCGUCGAGAGCCGGAGCCGCUCCGAGAAGGUGCUUGCGUGGAAGGACCUAAGCGGUGAUGUCGGCGAUCUUUACGAGUUUAUCUGCGACCCAUCUGCCCAGUCCGCCCAGGUUGAGGCCUUUGAGCGUAUCGCCAGGCAGUGCCAGUACGAGCGAAAAUACCGCAGACCGCAUGUCACUGCCUCCGACGCCGAUCUGAAGCAAUUCCAAUUCGAUGAUGAACAACCUAUCCCCCAAGCGAGCCCCAUCCACAGCCCGACACUCGCGCGCUCGAUCGAAUCGGCCGACGCCAUGUUCCAAUUAAAGAACGAGGCCAACAUGGGUGUUAAGAGAGAUGAUGCUGCCUAUGCUGCUGAAACCGUCGAUAUCGGUCCUAGUGGACAAUCGUGCGAGGCACAGGAGGAAGCCAGUACAUCCGUCAAUGCCUCGUCUCACCCAAAGCCGCCACCGACUGCUCCGCCUCAGCCAGAGCCUUUGGAGGUACUUUCCCACGAAUUAGCCGAAUUGCAUUUCUUCGAUUUCCCUUCUGGGUCUUUUAUGCUUAGGGAUGCGUCUGUCGCCGCACAAGUCUCAGAUAUAGGAAAUUGGAACUACUGGUUACAUGUCGCCAGUAAAGACCAUGAGUGGCUGGGCAUCUCCGUCGUAGCUGAGAUGAAUCCCGUCUUUAACUUUGAAUUCUUGUCCUUCAUUUUCAACCAAUUCACCGAGGACGGAUCUGCCUACUCCUGGCUCUUAAGAUUUAAGGAUCGAGAUACUCUCGCGAGAUUUCAGGAAGGUCUUAUGCAGGCACUAUGGGAGCAGCUCAACGAACAGAAAUGGGGCAAGGUGAAGGAGAGAGAGCGCCAGUAUGUUCUAGAUGCCUUUGAGGACUUGACGAUGGCAGAUGCUCCCGAGGAGGACGAAGCAGAAACGUCCGAAACGGACGAGACCGAUGAGACCGACGAUGACAGACCUCGGAGCGAACAUUACGACAGUGAUGAAGAAGAAGAAGAUGUUGAGACACAACCCCUGGAUGACGACAUUAAUACCGGGCUGGCUGUUGGAUACAAGCAUGAUCGCUCAUUUGUUGUCCGCGGCUCCAAGAUUGGCGUUUUUAAACAUCACCCCAACAAUAAUUUGGAAUUUUCCACCAACAUCUCCAAAGUUGAGACACCAAAAGGCGAAUUGUUCAGCCCUAGAAAAGUGAUGUUACACAAUGAGGAUCGCAAUAUGAUCUUGCAAAAAGAUAGCAACCCCAACAAACUUUACCGUAUGGACCUCGAAUACGGCAAGGUUGUUGAUGAGUGGAAUGUGCACGACGACAUUCCCGUCCUUGAGUUUGCUCCUGAAAACAAAUUCGCUCAAAUGACUCACGAGCCCACUUUCUUGGGUGUGUCUAAAAAUGCACUGUUCCGAGUCGAUCCACGUCUAUCUGGGACCAAACUGGUCGAUUCCCAGCUCAAGCAGUAUGCGUCCAAGAAUGACUUCUCUGCCCUAUCCACUACAGAGAAAGGCUAUAUUGCGGUAGCUUCCAACAAGGGUGACAUUCGGUUAUUUGAUCGUCUCGGUAUCAACGCAAAGACGCAUAUCCCAGCGCUUGGCGAGCCCAUCAUUGGCCUAGAUGUAUCCGCAGACGGCCGCUGGGUUCUAGCGACAUGCCGCACUUAUCUGCUCCUAAUUGACGCUCUGCAGAAAGAGGGCAAAAAUGAGGGCAAGCUAGGCUUUGAGAAGUCUUUCGCCGCUGACUCCAAACCUCAGCCGCGCCGUCUUACGCUCACCCCUGAGCACGUGGCACAGUUUCACCACGAGACGGGACAAGGUGUCUCAUUCACGCCAGCUCGGUUCAACACAAGCCAGACAAGCGAGGAGUCAUCCAUCAUCACGGCUACAGGACCUUACAUUGUGGAUUGGAACCUGAAGAAGGUUAUACGUGGGGCAAAGGCCCCGUACAUCAUUAAACGAUACUCCGAGGACGUCAAAGCAGACGACUUCAAGUUUGGGUCCGAUCAGAAUGUCAUAGUUGCCCUUCCCAACGAAGUAAACAUGGUUGGCAAGAACAAGAUGAGUCGACCGACUCGAGAAAGCAUUGCCGGUGACUUUCAACGACUGAGUACCCCGAAGCGCGGCUCAGGGCGUGUAGGCACGAGGCAGAGUGGACGGUACAAAGUCGGUAGGGAUGACGUCGUCGAUUCUCCCUUUUAGCGUACCAGGCAGAGGACUGGACAACAAGUCAUUUUUGUCUUCCAUUCUUUUUUGUUCAUCUAUUUCUGUACGGUUGCGGAUUAUGAGAUAAGUAUCUAGUACACAGUGGAUUAGGGCUCUGUUGCGAUAAUACCCCGGAGUUAGGCGAAGGACACAUCUAGGUUGGCCGUUUUACGAGAGCGCAUGAACAGCUGCUGCAACAACAAUAGCUUCAUGUGUUCCAUGCGUUAGGUAGCUACGUAGCGGCUAUUCAUAAUAUUCCAACAUGAUAUCGAGCACUAUUGAUGUUUUUUCAACCUGGUUUGUGUUAUCUCGGGACUGCUUGUGGUUGGCUGUGCAAGAUUGGCCUGAGCGAAUACUAGUUAAGGUUCUUAAGGGUCACACCAUUCAUAUUGUCAGAGAUACACGUAUCAUGAUUGCCAAUAAGACCAAGUUCUAAGUAGGCGAGUCGGUGAAAGAAAAAAGUGAGGGACU